AUGUCACGUACCCCCCUCUCCAGCAUCCUCCCGCCCUUCGUCCUCGGCACCACAACCUUCAACAGCCAAUACAACACCACCCCGCACCUGCUGCCCACCACAGCCAUCGUGCACACCGCGCUCAGCGCCGGCAUCACCGCCUUCGACACGUCGCCAUACUACGGCCCCGCCGAGUCCAUGCUCGGCGCAGCGCUGGCCACGGCGCCGCACGACCGCGCAUCGUACAUACUCAGCACCAAGGUCGGCCGUAUUACGGCGGUCACGUUUGAUUACUCGCCGGACUGGGUGAGACGGUCGCUGAACCGCUCGCUGGAGCGCUUGGGGACGAGUUAUGUGGAUAUAGUGUAUUGCCAUGACGUGGAGUUUGUGAGUGCCGAGGAGGUGAUGGGUGCGGUGCGGACGCUGCGGGAGUUGAGGGACGAGGGGAAGUGCAGGUAUGUGGGUAUCAGUGGGUAUCCGACGGGCGUGUUGGUGGAGCUGGCGAAGCGGGUCAAGGAGGAGACGGGGGAGGCGCUGGAUGUGGUCAUGUCGUAUGCGCACUACACGCUGCAGAACACUGUUCUUGCGUCGGAGGAGGUGCUGGGGCGGUUGGUGGGGGAGGCGGGGGUGGAGUGUGUGUUGAAUGGGUCGCCGUUGGGGAUGGGGUUGUUGAGGAGCCAGGGGGUGCCGGUGGGGGGUAUGGGCGAUUUUCAUCCGGCGCCGGGGGAGCUGCGGCAGAGGUGCGCGGAGGCGGCGGGGGUUGUUGCGGCGACGGGGGGGAGGCUGGAGAUGUUGGCGCUGCGGUUUAGUAUUGAGGGAUGGGUGCGGGACGGGACGAGGGGUGGGUCGGCGGUGAGCCCGGUGGUGGCGGGGAGAAAGGUGGAUGUGGGGGGGAGUAUGGGGAUUUCGGUUGGCAGUGUGAGCUCGUUGAAAGAGCUCGAGGAGCUAUUGGCCAUCUGGGGGGAUGUCGUGGGGGCUCUCGAGAGGAGAUAUCUGUACGGACAGGUACAGAACGUAUUCGCUGGAGACAUGGAGAAGAACGAGUGGCGCAAUUAUUCGUGGCCGAGUCCGGGCGAGGAUUAUGUCCGGGGUAAGUUGGAGUGA